CUUUAAAGAACAACAAGAUGUAUGGUUGGCAGCAAAUGACCGGGGGGAUACCUGGCCAGCAAAUGCAAUUCUUUGGCCAAGGUAAUAUGGACCAACAACAACAAAUGUAUCAUUGGUACUACCAACAGCAAGCCGUACAGCAACAAUGGCCGGGCCAAAGUAUGCCGAUAGGGGUUCCAGCAAACCUGCCCCAACCUCCAGUCGGACCUGCUCCCCCGCUACCAACAGAUCCCCCGCCCCCAACACCAGAGGAGAAAGAACCAGAGAAAUCAAUCGAUAAGACGAAAAAUGCUCCCCCCUUACCUGUAAACCCUGCCCCGCCUGUAGACGAAAAGCCACCCCUGCCCCCAGAGCCACCACCGGAAGAGAAAACGAAACAGACUAAAGAUGCCAAAGCAAAAACUGAAGAGGAACAGAAACUGUCAGCUCUUCAGCAACAAGCAGCACAUUGGCAACAACAACAGCAACAACAACAGCAGCAACAACAACAAUGGUCUCAGGGUGGCUGGUCACAACAGAAUCAAUAUGGAGGCUUUAGUGAUCAGACAAAUACACAGAGCCAACCUAUAGUACCAACUUCAACUACAGUGAGUCCAGCUAUGGAAGCUAUUAAACAGGAGGAGCGUGAAUUUGAUUUACAGUACAAACAGUGGAAACAGCAGUAUGAUGAUUGGAAGGCACAGAAUCAAAACCAUCCUAACAAGGAGCAGUUCUUACAGUAUGAAGCUACAUGGAGACAGUAUGAACAACAAAUGGAAGGAAAGCGUUUAGAAAUUGCCACCAGGAAAGCUGAAGUGCUAAAACAGGAGGAAAGCAGUGCAGGUUCAGGUAAACAACAAGGCCCAACAGACAGUAGCAUUCCAAGUAGCAUUCCACCAAACCAACAAGGGAACAACAAUCAAGUCAGCAAUUUUGGUUCAAACCAGGAAGGGAAUUUUGGUCAAAAUCAACAAGGCAACUUUGGUUCAAACCAACAUGGGGGUUUUGGUCCUAGCCAGCGAGGAGGCUUUGGUCCUAACCAGCGAGGAAACUUUGGUCCAAACCAGCGAGGAGGCUUUGGUUCUAACCAGCGAGGAAACUUCGGUCCAAACCAACGAGGAGGAUUUGGUCCAAACCAGCGUGGGGGAUUUGGUCCAAAUCAAGGAAAAUUUGGUCAGAAUCAGCAAGGAAACUUUGGAUCAAACCAACAGGACAGUUAUGAACAGAGACAAGGAAAUUUAAGUGGUCCAGAUCAGCAGGGCGACUUCAGCCAAGGUUAUGGUCCUCAGGGAAAGUUUGGUCAGAACCAACAACAAAGUGCUAACCAAGAACAAGACAAACAGAAUUUUAGUCAAGGUAAUGACCGUCAAGAAGGAUUUCAUUCAAAUGAAGGAAACCAACAGCAAGGAAAUAGAUUUGGUAAUAAUCAAUCUGGAAAUUUUGGAUCAAGUAAUCAGCGUGGAAAUUUUCAACAAAAUUGUGACAAUUUUGGGAAAGGCAAACAAGGUGAUUUCAGUUUUGGUGAAGAGCGAAGUGACUAUAGCUCCCAGGAAAAAGAUUCUGGAGAUAAUUUUAAUUCUAAUCAAAAUUUAGGAUCUUAUAACGGUAUGAAGUUUGGUCCAUCACGAGUAAUGAACAGAAGAGGAGGGUUAAACAGUGGUCAGAGAUUUCCAGGACCUAGUUCUGGCCCAAGGCCAGGAAUGUUCAGAGGUCAAAAUACUCUAGGUCAUCGCAUGCAAGGUUCAGGGCGAGGAAUGCACUCUAAUGAAGGUGAGGGUGACAUGGACUUAGAUAAUCCAGAUGAUAAUCAGGACAGUUUUGAAGGAAAUAUUGAAAAUGAACCGGAAUCUUACAUGCACAGUGGUCAAGGUCAGAUGGGAGGUCAAGGCCAAAUGCGUGGUCGUGGUCAAAUGGGGGUUCAAGGACAAAUGGGAGGUAGAGGACAAAUGGGUGGUCGAGGUCAAAUGGGUGGUCGAGGUCAAAUGGGAGGUCGAGGUCAAAUGGGAAGUCAUGGUCAAAUGGGAGGUCAGGGACAAAUGGGAGGUAGAGGACAAAUGGGAGGUCGAGGUCAAAUGGGAGGUCGAGGUCAAAUGGGAGGUCAAGGUUCAUUUGGUAUGAGAGGACAAAGUUUAUUGGGACCUAGACCUAUUGGCCAAAAUACAGAAAACCAACAAGGCGAAGGAAAUAAUAAUCAAGGCCGAGGUAGAGGUAAUCAAAGGGGAAUGUCACAAGGUCAUUGGGGAGGUAGAGGUCAUCGAUUCGAUGGCCCUCAAGGUCAGAUGAAUGAGUGUGCAGGGGGACAAGGUUUCAUGAGAGGACAAGGUCCAAGGCCACAGAUGCCCUUUGGUGGAAGCCGAGGAAUUGGUCCAGGCAGAGGGGGAAGAGGUGGUAUGAUGUCAGGUCAGUCAGGCAGAGGGGGAUAUAUGGGAAGAGGGGGAGGACCUGUUCCACUGAUGGAUCUGGAAUUCCAAGGUGGAACAGACAACUUAGAAGAGCAAGACAUGGAUGAAGAUGAGGAUGAUGAGUGGAAAAUGGUGGAGUCAACAGCCGCAUUUGGAGGUCUGCACGGUCAGUCAUCAUUAUUAGGCCCAGGACCUGGACAAAAGACUGGAAGUGACCCUAUUGACCAGCCAAACAAAAGCCAGAUUACACCAAAAGGGGCCAACAUUUCAUCAAACCAGGUAAAGUCCUCAGACAGAAAUCCAGAAGCACUUUCUGUUCCUGGUGCAAAUCCUACAGGUUCAACUUCUACUGGCAAUAUAGGAGGAAUGCUUGGUGACAAAGCAGACAACAAACAUGGCACCACACAAACAGAGAAGCCAGGAGACAAAGCUGAUAACACAUCGCCAUCUAAGCCAGGUGACAAACCAGGAGAUAGCUCUGGGGCCAAACUGGGGGCUGCACCAGCGACCAAGCAAGGUGAUAAAUCUGCUGAUGAACUAGGAGAUAAACCUGAUGAGGCUGUUGAACCUGGUGACAAAACAACUGCAGAAAAGUUAGGAAACAAAUCUACAACAGACAACAGAGGGGAAAUUAAAAUUCCUGGUUUGGCUGAUGAAGAUGACCCUGGAAAGAAGAUGAGGACCAAUCGAGGUGUUGGUGACUUGCUCAAGUCUUUAAUGGAUAAUCCUCCUGUGAUACCAGAAAAUACCAAACCACAGAUCACUGCUCCACAGAACACUGGUCCCCACCCACCAUUUCCCAGGCCAGGGCAACCAGGUAUGGGGCCUGGAAUGCAACAAGGUCCACGUAUGCAGCAGUUUGGAGGGCCUAACCAGGUUGGCCAAUAUGGGAGAGGACGUGGGCGUGGGUAUGACCAACAAGCAGGUGGCUGGCAGGGCCCCCCUGGCAGAGGUAGGGGAAGACUCGGUCAGGAAGACGAGAACCAGCAAGGCUGGCAGGGCCCCCCUGGCAGAGGUAGGGGAAGACUUGGUCAGGAAGAUGAGAACCAGCAAGGCUGGCCGGGUCCCCAUGGUAGAGGAAGGGGAAGACCCGGUCAGGAAGAUGAGAACCAGCAAGGCUGGCAGGGUCCCCCUGGUAGAGGAAGGGGAAGACCUGGUCAGGAAGACGAGAACCAGCAAGGUUGGCAGGGUCCCCCUGGUAGAGGAAGGGGAAGAUCAGGAGAGGAGGAAGAGGAUUGGCAGGGAUGGCAACCGGGUAGGGGCCGUAGUAAUCUGGGUAAAGAAGGGGAAGACCAGCAAGGAUGGAGACCCCCUGGUAGGGGGAGAGGCAGACCUGGACCAGAGGGUGAUGAUCAACAUGGAUGGUAUGGUGAGGAGGAGGAGGACCAGGGAUGGGGAGGACAUGGAGAUGGGAAGGAUCAUCAGGGAUGGCAAAGAGGGCGAGGACGUGGAAGGGGCAGAGGGAGAGGCCGAGGCAGGGGCCGGCCUGACCUGGACUGGAAAGGUCAAGACAGUGACUUUGGGGGAUAUAGUGAAGCACAACAGCCUCCACCCUAUGGUGGAGAUGAGCUUGUGAGGCGUGAUGAUCCUUAUAGACGGGGCGAGUAUGGUUACCCAGACAGACUGGCUGACAGUCGACUAGAGGAUCGCUUGAGGGAUCGGCCCGCCUUACCCCCACGUGACCCUUAUGAUAGACUUUACCCAGAUCCAUACCUUAGACGUGAUCCGUACUAUCGUGAUUUAAUUAACCCUAACCCUCUCUCUAUCUUGUUUUCCAGAUAUGAUAGAGCAAGACCGUACUCACCACUUAGUCGUGAAAGAGAUCCGUUGCUUGAUCGAGAACGAGGUCUGGAUCGCGACAUUGAUCGAUAUUUACCACCACGUGAUGUAGUGGACAGACCCUACGUUCCUCCAAUAGUUAUUGAUCACUCACAUAAAUCCUCGGUUUUACAAGAUACAGAGUCUGCAUUUAUUCCUCCUCAAACAGUAAUAGAUUAUGGCCACGGUAGAAGCGGCAGCAUUGAGACUGACACAGUUACUGCUCCAGCUCCUGAAAAAGAACGAGUAUUAAGAGAUUACAGAUAUGAGCAAGAUAGAAACUCACCAUCACUGUCAAGAGGAAACCAGUCUGUACAUGAACCUAAGAUAGAGACUGUGAAAGUAGAUGACUUACUGGUAGCCCCUGGUCGAAACAGCAGGCCAGCACAGAUAGUUGUCAUCCUCAGAGGUCUCCCAGGAGCUGGCAAGUCAUAUGUCGGAAAACUUAUAAAGGAUAAGGAAGUACAACACGGUGGCGGUGCUCCUCGUAUGCUUUGUCUGGACGAUUAUUUCAUGGUGGAGGUAGAGAAAGUGGAGAAGGAUCCUGAUACUGGUCGUAGAAUCAAGAAAAAG